AUGCAAACUUCCAAGAUGGCGGUGGAGGGAGGUGGGAAGGAGACGAACGAAAUUAAAACUCAAUUCACCACUCGGGAAGGCGUUUACAAACUUCUCACACACUCCGAAUACAGCCGUCCAAACAGAGUGCCUUUCAACUCACAGGGUUCGAAUCCCGUCAAAGUAUCAUUCGUGAACGUCAACGAUCAAUCUGGUAACGGGGACAGAAUCUGUUUCAAUGUGGGCCGGGAACUCUACUUUUAUAUUUACAAAGGCGUGAAAAAGGCUGCGGACCUCAGUAAGCCCAUAGACAAGAGGAUCUACAAGGGCACACAGCCCACGUGCCAUGACCUGAACCAUGUGACGGCCACGGCCGACAGCGUUUCCCUGCUGGUGGGCUUCUCUGCCGGCCAGGUGCAGCUGAUAGACCCCAUCAAGAAGGAGACCAGCAAGCUCUUCAACGAGGAGCGCCUGAUCGACAAGACGCGGGUGACGUGCGUGCGCUGGGUGCCCGGCUCGGAGACCCACUUCCUGGUGGGCCACGCCAGCGGCGCGCUUUACCUGUACAGCAGCGAGCACCCGUGCGGCACGGCGGCGCCCCACUACACGCUGCUGCGCCAGGCCGACGGCGUGGCCGUGCACACAUGCAAGGGCAAGCAGCCGCGCAACCCGCUGCGGCGCUGGACGCUGGGCCGGGCGGGCGCCGCGCUCAACGAGUUCGCCUUCUCGCCCGACGGACGGCACCUGGCCUGCGCCAGUCAAGACGGCUACCUGCGCGUGCUGGCGUUUGACGGGGUGGUGACGGGAGGGGCUGGUGAGCCGCAGUCGUCGUCGUCGUCAUCAUCAUCAUCGCCGUCUCUGUUGUUGCUUGGGUCCAUGCGCAGCUAUUUCGGCGGGCUCUUGUGCGUCUGCUGGUCGCCCGACGGUCGGCUAGUGGCGGCGGGUGGCGAGGACGACCUGGUGACGGUCUGGUCGCUCGCCGAACGCCGGGUCAUCGCCAGGGGGCACGGACACAAGUCCUGGGUGAGCGUGGUGGCGUUUGACCACUGCACCACGUGUGUCGGAUCGGCUAACGGUAGCGGGGACGUCCCGGCGGAGUUCAGCGGCAGCGACGAGGACCUGCCGCAGCAGCAGCAGCAGCAGCAGCAGCACGGUCCAGGUGUGGGCCGGGAGCGGGCCAACAGCACCCUGUCGCGCCUCUCCAAGUGCAACUCCACGGACGGCGGCGGGCUGAGCGUGACCUACCGCUUCGGCUCGGUGGGGCAGGACACGCAGCUGUGCCUCUGGGACCUCACCGAGGACGUGCUGUUCCCUGUCCUGCCCCUGUCCCGCACGCGCACGCACACCAACGUCAUGAAGGCCACCAACUCCUCCCCCAACUGCAACGGCACCACCACGACCAACGCUGGAAGCGGUGACAGUACUACGGGCACCGCCCCGCCGCACCCCCAGGCAAACUGCAUCUCCUCCAGCCCCCUGCCGCGCUCCAACAGCCUACCGCACUCCAACGCGGCAGGGGGCAGCACCACUCCCAAGUCCGGUGGUGGCAGUGGCAGUGGUGGUGGCAGCCACGGCAUCGGCAGCAGCAUCAUGGACACGGCGCUGAUCGCCACGGGCGUGCACAAAUUCGCCACACUAGCGCUGCACGAGUCGCGCCACCGGGAGCGCCAGCACAACAAGGAGCAUCGGCGCAACCACAGCCUGGCCACCACCACCCCCAUGGGCACCGGCACCGGCACGGGUACAGGUAGCAAGAGUAACGACAAGCUGAGCCAGCUGGGCACGUCGCGUGGCACAGCGGCGGCACAGGCAGCACAGGCCAAGACACUGGGCACGGCGCUGUGCCCGCGCAUGGAGGAGGUGGCGCUGCUGGAGCCGCUGGUGUGUAAGAAGGUGGCACACGAGAGGCUGACGGUGCUCAUCUUCCUGGACGACUGCCUGGUCACCGCCUGCCAGGAGGGCUUCGUCUGCACCUGGGCCCGGCCCGGCAAGGGCCUCCUGCUGUCCCAGAACCAAGGCAGCUCCCCUAGUGGCACCACAGUGUAGGGUCCCAGGGGAUGUGCAGUGUUGACUUGGACCUGGCUUGCUUUGCCUGACCUAGCCGUAGCCACUGGCUGGAGACACUUGGCAAAGCAACACUACGCAGGGACGAAUACCCCCGUAGAAGACCCCAGUAGUCAAGGCCUGCGGAGAUGGAAGACGAGUUCAGGCAGACUGGGGGAGAUUGGGACCAGGCCUGUAGAUGGAUGGAUGGAUGCGAUGCGAUGGAUGUGGGUCGGAACCCUCGUUUACCAGCCCCUGCUUUCCUCUGCUCUCCUCGUGGGACAAUAUGGCUGCCACAGUUUGUUGUGUGGCAGGCAGGCCAGGAGUAACCUGACUCUCGUCAGAUGGAUAGUUUCUGCCAUGCUCCACGAACAUCCAUCUGGAGCGUGGUUUUAUCGGGAAUCCUUGCACGUGAUUGGGGAAACACUUGUCUGACAUUUUAGAUUUUAAUGAGCUGCUACUUAAAUUACCGACAGGUUUGAAAAUACACUUAAAUAUUUCAGAAUCAAUGUCGAUGAGUAGGUCCACGUGAGCGGUCAUUGUUGCUGAAACAAUUGUUGCGUUUCACUUAUUUUUCCUCCUUCUCCACUAAGUCUAAUCUCUGCAAUUCCCGUGAUCCUGAUUGGUUUCUUCCACAUUUUGGGUUUGGCAGCAGGGUGAAUUCUAGGGUCUUCCAGACUCUUGUGUGAGCUCACGUAGCUGAGCGGAAAUACACGAGGAUCUGGCGAGAGUCCGGCUAGGCUUGGAGAGUCCAAUGAGUGCGUCUUAAUAUGCGCUUGUCUCCUAGUCCCGCCUCCUGGCCCCUCCUCCGUGGAGAAAACAAUAAAGUUUCCCAGCUGUCAGCCUAGCCACAACAACUUUUGAGGGACUGUUUUUCAUUCACCAUCCCAAUUGCAAAUGAGAAAAAGACUCUACAAUUGAGCUUUUGCAAGAUAUUGAAAUAUAAUGUUGUUGUCAGUGAUGUCAUCAUGACGAGAAGCAAGUGGAGGAGGCAAGUGGAGGAGGCAAGGUCGCAUAUUAAGAUGCACUCAAUGUCUCAGAACCCAUGGAGCGGAGUAGGGUGCAGAUUAGGCUAUGGCCACUAUGGGGCAGCACUUCCGUGCCAUUGCUCCUAACAGAAAGGACUUGAGGAUCUUCUCAAGCCUAUGGCAAUGAGGUAGAGUCUAGAACUACUCUUUGAUGUCUAAUUCCUUUUCUUUUCAUUUGGAACCUUCCCUUUUUUUCAUUGAUGUUUUCUUUUAUAACAUUUCUGUUGACACUCCCUCUACACUCCCCCCUACCUUCCGUGUGUGUGUGUGUGUGUGUGUGUGUGUGUGUGUGUGUGUGUGUGUUGUGUGUUGAUUCUGCGACUCAACUGUGGUUGUGAAGUGGGAUGUCUCUCCCUUAUGUGUAAGGGGCACACUCCUCACAGCAACAACAUCUCUAGUAGCUGGUGGGCCUGGAAUCGUAGCUCCUCUAGAAAACGAGUUACGUUCUCACUGUUGAGUGGCAACUUGAUUUUAAUAAUAUAACCUCCUGACGGUAUGUUUAGUAAUAUUCUGGCUGUUGCCACUCUAAAAAUGUAGUUUUAGAUAUGAAAAAUUAACGAAAAUAAAAAGAGUCUGGGGAUGACGUCACACAAUGCACAGUCAAUGGGAAAUCUCCGCCCAUCAAAGUUGAAUAUGGAAUAUUUAUCCGUAUAACAUGCUUUUUCUCAUAGGCAGAUAAUUCACCUAAUCAUUGGAACAACAUAGGCAUUUCUUUCCAUGCCAUUUUGUUGUUACUGGAAAAAAAUAACACGGCUUGCAUUUCUUUACUGACACGUAGUUUUGGGUUUUGAUACAGACACAGUUUCCGAUUGGCUAUAGCCCACUUCUCUUGAUGGGGCAUUUAAUAACCAUUUCAGAUCACGGUAACUAGGGCGUCUGUGAAUAAACUAAAGAGAAAUGAAGAUAUCAUAUGUGAGCAACACAAAACUAUGCCUGAUAUGCGGUAAAUCCAUUGUGGUAAAUCAUAAUGAUGAGACUCUUGCAUGGUGUCAAUCUUCCUAUAAUUAAAAGGACGCACCGUGACAUUUUGAUAACACAUUUCUAAAAGCCAUCUUUUACACUUAACAUUGUUUGCACAUCGAUGACAUUACUUCUCUACUCUAGUCUUUCUAUAGUUCAUAAUUCGCUCGCUUUUAUCUCUUUUUUUGGCGAAUAAUCUAGUCACCUCAUAAAAUAGCCACCUCAUCGCUCUUUUGCUUUGAGGGAACGGCUUCUUUUUUAUUUAUUUCUUUAAGGGCUUUUUUGCCUUUUAUUUUUUGACAGGACAGUGGAGGAGAGAGACAGGGAAGGAUUGGCAAUUGACCCGGGCCGGAAUCGAACCUGGGUCGCUGGCGUAGUAACCCAUUGCCCUACGGCAGGGCCUGUGUUUUCUUUUUGACAUUUUCUGUCUCGUUGCCUAAGGUCAGACAAAACUAACAGCGAAAAAGAGCGCUUCUGAAAGUUUGAGGGAAAACAUAUUUUUUUGCACGUAGACUACAAGUGAGCCGACUUACCCCCCAACUUGCAACUUUUUGCCAUCAAUUCUGACGGCUCCUGGUAGCAUGCGCGCACUAGCUGCAUUCUGCCCCAUUGACUUUGCAUUGAAAUGACGUCACUCGGUCGACUAGUUUUUGUUGCAUUUUUUUAUAAAUCAAUGUGCAAGUUUCGAGGGUGGCAGCAGCCAAAAUAUUGAUUAAGGGGUUGUCAGGGGGUUAUACAAGUUGCCACUCGCUACCACGAACGAACUGACAAGAUAUGAGUCUUGGCCCUCAGCCUGUAGCGCUUUUGCACUGAUUGUGUGUGUGUAUGUGCGUGCGUGCGUGUGUAUGUGUUCCGUUUCACACUGGUUUCAUCUAUUCAAGGAUGCCGUUGACAUUGCAUGGGUCGAUCUCAAAAUGCAUUGUGGGUCUGUUGGUUCUGUGUGAUGAAGUGUUCAGAAAUGUUCAUCUUUGAAAUGUUCAGGCUGUGAUG